AUGCAAGUCUGUGUAAAUUUUAUACAAAGAAGAGCAACGGAAUUGCAACCAAAAGUUAUCCUCAUAAAUCGCCUUUCCGCACACUUGUCAACGUCUCCAUCUCCACCACUUCCGCAUCCUCUCGUGACCACCAGCCACACGCCUGUGGGUGCCCUAACCCCCAAACCUCCCAACACGUCCUUCGGUUCUCAUCACCAGGUCUCCAUUGCUAUGCCGAAAUUUAACAUCAACUCGCCGAGUUUCACUCCCAGUGUGGUGGACAAGGCGGCUAUCGACUCCACGGGUCCCGCUGCGCCCGCAGCCGCGCCCGCCUUUGUGCCAGGCAAGUCGCCCAUCGACCUGGAGCAGAUCAAAAACAAACUGACCAUCAGCAAAGACAAGAAGGAGAAUGCGAAAAGCGCACUGCCCAAAUUGAACCCUGCUGUGGCCGGCUUCACGCCUGGCGCGUCGGCUUCAGGCUCAACCACGCCCAAAAUGGCCACAGCACCCAGCUUCCAACCCAACCAGACAUCGGCCAUCAACACAAACAGCAACAGCAGUGCGUCAGCAACGUCUCAGAGUGGCCCUCCCGGCGCCUCCUUUCAACCCAACCAGUCGUUCCAGCCAGGCGCAGCCUCAUUCCAACCGCGUUUUCAGUCCGGACCGUCUCAAAUCGAACCUGGAUACGACAACUACUACGAUGAAAUGAGUAACGGAGCAGUCAUGGCAGCAGCGCAGAACCAGCAGUUCCCCCUGCAGUACCAUCUGUACGCACCCCACUACCUAUCUGCAUCGCGACAACGACAACUUCUGUCCCACCAGAAGACAGCAAAGGACUUCUUUCUGGACCCUCACCUCCACCAGCGCCUACACAAGCAAUCCGAGGACCUGCUCAGGGUCGAGGGCUCGUCCAACCUGCCGCGGUUCGUCGACAAGUACCAUUCAUUGGUGUUGCUGGACUCCAAUCUCAACACCAAAGAAAACGGAGCUCCAGGAGAAUCGCCUCAGUGGGUGUACAAAUGCAUGAACGGCAAGGACGGAAAACAGUAUGCGCUACGGCGCAUUCAGGGAUUUGUGCUUACCAAUGAACAGGCCAUGACCAGCGUAAGAAAGUGGCAGAGCAUUGUGCACCCUGCGUUUGUGUCUCUGUGCGAGGCCUUCACCACCCGAGAUUUUGGAGACGCGUCUCUGUGCAUGAUUUACGAUUUUUUACCUUCGGCAGAAACGCUUUUCGACCUGCUCAACCGUGGUCAGCAGUUUUCCCGUGACGUGAUCAUCUCGUAUCUCCUGCAACUGCUGUCUGUGCUGGAUACCAUUCAUUCUGCUGGCUUGGCUGCCAAGACCGUGGACCCCACAAAGAUUCUGGUCUGUGGCCCCGGGCGAGUCCGACUGAACUGCUGCGGACUUUAUGACGUGAUCAAUUUUGACAAAGACGAGAACGUUACGCUUUUCCAGCAACAGGAUCUUCGAAACCUCGGUCUGCUGGUCCUCUGCUUGGCAUGCAACUCUGUGGAGGCCACUAAGAAUGUUGAGCAGAGUCUCACUCGUCUUGACAGUGAACUUCAGGAGAUUGUGCAGUAUCUGCUGUCUUCCAACACAUCCAAGACUGCCUCUAGAGUGCUGGCAUCUCUAACUCCUCUUCUGACGGCCACGUUCAAUGAGUCUCUCAACACCAACGAUUCUCUGGAACACGAGUUGCGUCGAGAGCUGGAAAACGGACGGUUGGUGCGGCUCAUGGCCAAGCUCAACUUCAUUACUGAGCGGCCCGGGCCUGAUCCAGAAAUGUCCCAGCAGUGGUCCGAGACUGGAGAUCGGUAUUUGAUCAAGUUAUUCAGAGACUAUGUUUUCCAUCAGCAGGACGAGAUGGGUAAGCCGGUUAUGGAUCUGGGUCAUGUUGUGCGAACGCUGAACAAGCUGGACGCCGGAAUUGAUGAGAGAAUCACUCUGAUCAGCAGGAACGGACAGAACUGUCUUAUUGUGUCCUUCAAGGACCUGAAGCAGUGUAUCGAGAGUGCGUUGAGGGAUCUCGAGUAG